AUGUUUGGCAAAAAAUCCAUCAAAGUCAAUGGCGCCGACUGCGGCUUCGAGGCCAUCAUCCUCGGGGCCACGACCUCUCUCGGCGGAUUCCUUUUUGGAUAUGACACCGGUCAGAUCUCGGGAAUGCUCCUCUUCAAGGACUUCAUAAGGCGAUUCGCAGAGCCGGUAGGAAACGGAGAGUACGAGUGGAACUCCAUAAACAAAUCGCUUCUCGUGUCGCUCAUGAGCAUCGGAUGCCUCAUAGGCUCAUUGUCAGGCGCCUACACCGCUGGUUGGUGGGGUCGGCGCAAGAGCCUGUCGUUUGGCGUAGCCAUCUUCAUCAUUGGCAACGUUAUCCAGAUCACGUCCAUGUACAGCUGGGUCCAUAUGAUGAUGGGCCGCUUCGUUGCUGGUCUCGGUGUUGGCAAUUUAUCCGUCGGUGUCCCCAUGUUCCAGUCGGAGUCGUCCCCUCGAGAAAUUCGCGGAGCUGUAGUCGCCUCGUACCAGCUCAUGAUCACCUUCGGCAUCCUCGUCUCCAACAUCAUCAACUUUGGUGUCCGAAACGUCGAAGAGCAGGAUGCCUCGUGGCGUAUCGUCAUCGGUCUCGGCAUUCUCUUCUCUCUUCCCCUUGGCCUUGGCAUCCUUCUUGUGCCUGAGUCUCCUCGAUGGCUCGCUGGUCGUGGGGACUGGGACGGCGCGCGAACAUCGAUGGCGCGACUUCGCGGUCUGAAGCAUGACGCCCACAACGCCCUGGUGGAAAACGACAUCAAGGAGAUGCGAGAGAUCUUGGACAAAGAGCGACAGGCUGGCCAUGGCACCUGGCUGGAAUGCUUCACCCCUCGCAGUGGCAUCCCCAAGCUCGUCUACCGAACCUUUCUCGGCAUGGGCAUCCACUUCUUGCAGCAGUGGACAGGCGUCAAUUACUUCUUCUACUACGGCGCCACCAUUUUCGAAUCGGCGGGCAUUAGUGACCCGAUCCAAACGCAGAUUAUCCUUGGCGCCGUCAACGUUGCGAUGACCUUUUACGGCCUGUACGUUGUGGAGAAGUAUGGCCGCCGGUGGCCUCUGUUCAUCGGCGCUCUGUGGCAGGCCGUGUGGCUAUUGGUGUUCGCCACGAUAGGCACGGCAAAGCCUCCAGGCACGGAGACGAACAAGGAGAGUGGCAUCGUCAUGAUUGUAUCGGCUUGUAUGUUCAUCGCAUCGUUCGCUGGAACCUGGGGCCCCAUGGCCUGGGUCGUGAUAGGAGAGACGUUCCCCAUGCGCACAAGGGAGAAGCAGGCUUCUUUGGCUACGGCAGGCAAUUGGCUUGGAAACUUCAUGAUUGGCUUCCUCACCCCCCUCGCUACCGAAAAGAUCAAAUACGCCUACGGCUUCGUCUUUGUCGGCACCAACUUCGCCGCCGCCCUCCUCGUCUGGUUCUUCCUUUACGAGUCCCGGACACUUAGUCUUGAGAAUGUCGAUCUCAUGUACAGCCAGGAGGGGCUCAAGCCGUGGAACAGCUCCAAGUGGGUGCCGCCGGGCUACAUCACGAGAAAGCAGCGAGACGACAACUUUUUCGGGCAGAAGACUGUGCAACACCAGGCUAACGAGAAAGACGCGAGUGACUCUAACGACGCUAUAACGGAGGACCGACGAGAGAUUGCAUAG